AUUCGUACUUUGACGUUCAGGAAUUAAUGAAUGAAACGAAUGGCGGUUUAUUAUUUUGUUAACAAACAUUUAAUAAGAAAUAAUUGUUAAGGACACAAUAAAUUGUUUGUAACUGUAUAUUAAAAAACAUAUAAAAUGCCUAGUGAAAUGAUAACUCUUCAGCUGGGCCAAUGCGGCAAUCAAAUUGGCUUUGAAUUCUGGAAACAACUGUGUAUAGAGCAUGGGAUAUCUCCGGAAGGCAUACUCGAGGAGUUCGCUUCGGCAGGAUCUGAUCGAAAGGAUGUGUUUUUCUAUCAGGCGGACGACGAUCAUUACAUACCUCGCGCUGUCUUGCUGGAUUUGGAACCCCGUGUAAUUCAUACUAUAAUGAACUCACCCUAUGCCAAACUGUAUAAUCCAGAAAAUGUAUAUUUAUCAAAACAUGGUGGUGGUGCUGGUAAUAAUUGGGCAUCUGGGUAUGCUCAGGGGGAGAAGCUGAAUGAAGAAGUGUUUGAUAUCAUUAACCGAGAAGCAGAUGGCAGUGACAAUUUAGAGGGUUUCGUGCUGUGCCAUUCAAUUGCUGGUGGAACUGGUUCGGGCAUGGGCUCAUAUAUACUAGAACAUCUCUCAGACAGAUUUCCAAAGAAGCUUGUACAAACCUACAGUGUAUUUCCUAAUUUGGAUGAAAUCAGUGAUGUGGUAGUCCAGCCGUACAACUCCCUGUUGACCCUCAAGCGACUGACAGAGAGUGCGGAUUGCGUCAUGGUCCUCGAUAAUACGGCGCUGAAUCGCAUCGCCAGCGACCGGUUGCACAUACAGAAUCCCUCAUUUGCACAGAUAAACACUCUUGUCUCCACCAUCAUGAGCGCGAGCACUGCCACACUCAGGUAUCCAUCGUACAUGAAUAAUGACUUGAUCAGUUUGGUGGCGCCGCUGAUACCGACGCCGCGCCUGCAUUUCCUCAUGACUGGCUACACACCGCUCACGGCCGACCACGAACUCAAUACUGCACCAAAGAUACGAAAGACAACAGUUUUAGAUGUGAUGCAGAGACUGCUUCAACCAAAGAAUAUGAUGGUGUCCCUCAGCCCAGACAGAACUAACCAGCACUGCUAUAUUUCAAUACUGAACAUCAUACAGGGCGAGGUGGAUCCGUCACAAGUGCACAAAUCGCUGCAGCGUAUCCGCGAACGCAAGCUGGCGUCGUUCAUCCCGUGGGGGCCCGCCUCCAUACAGGUGGCGCUGUCUCGCCGCUCGCCUUACGUGCACGCCUCACACAAAGUAUCCGGCCUUCUCCUCGCCAACCAUACCAACAUAUCUUCGUUGUUCGACAGGUGUCUGCAACAGUUCGAUAAGCUACGUAAACGUGAGGCGUUCUUAGAGGUGUUCCGCAAAGAGCCCAUGUUCAAAGACUCUCUUGAGGAAUUCGACGAGUCGCGGAGCGUUGUUGACGAUUUAGUACAGGAGUACCAGGCGGCCGCGACCCCCGAUUAUGUGCAUUGGAAUCCAGAAAGCAGUCAAAUAUAACAAACACAGUAAUUGGAGUAUGGAAAUUUGUUGAUAUUGCCAGAAUCUCAGAAGAUACUAAAGGAUUCCAAGUAGACGGAAGAAGUUGUUGGAUAAUGUAUACUUACGAGUUGUUAAUUAUUUUAUAUUAAACCGAGUGCCAUUUAUAGUCGAUCAAUGCAAAAAAAUAAUAAUCUCAUUUUGUAAUAUCUCUAACAACGGCAAGAGUC